UCAGAUUAAAUUAGAGGACAUCACGACGAGAAAGAGGGAAGAAGCUGCUGGAUGAGGAGAGGGUGGCACAAGACGCGGUGUCAGUCCCGUAAACUUUUUCUGUGCGAGUUUAUAAAAAAGUAAAACAGUGUCCCCUUUUCUUUGUUGAGACAGUGGCAGCUGGACAGUGGACAUGGACGUCUUGCGGUGUGUUCUUCUCUUUGCAUGCGGCUGCUUUAUUUAUCAAGGCGAUGGACGCAGAACAUAUGGUGAUAUGUUCCCCCACAAGCACUCAGUAGGAAGGAGGUUUCCAUUUCCAAUUCCACCAAUUCCUGGCUGGGAUCCUGACACAAACCCAUGGGAUGAUUACCUAUACCCACCACUAAACCCAAGGCCAGGCGAGCUUAUGCAUCACAGAGGUAAACCCAAAGUCCGUCUGAACAGCGACAGUCCAGCUCUCAACGGUUCAUGCAUCUCCUUCACUGCAAAGCUGGAGUAUCCUCCGUGCCAGAAGGAGGAUGUCAACGGGAAUCUUAUCUGGGAUGAGCACUGUGAGGAUGGUACGGAGCUGGAGGCCUCAGCCAAUGGACAGGCUCGCUCAGGUUAUGUGUAUAACUGGACAUCCUGGUUGGACGACUAUGGCUUUGGAAAAUGCUUAGAUAUGACAAGAUGCAACGUAUUCCCCGAUGGAAAGCCCUUCCCUCAGAGGAAUGACUGGAGACGAAAGAGUUAUGUCUAUGUUUGGCACACAAUGGGUCAGUACUAUGAGACAUGUGAUGGCUCCUCUUCCAGCGUGACCAUCAACACUACCAGCAUCCCUCUAGGAGCAGAGGUCAUGGAGGUCAUGGUCUACAGGAAGCGCGAGCGCAGAAAGUAUAGCCCCCUCACCACCGAUAGCACUGUCUUCUUCGUCACAGAUAAGAUUCCACUGGCGGUCAACAUCUCCCAGAAGUCUGCGGCCAACCAGUCUGCCAAUGUUUUCUUCCGUGGUGAGGAUGUGGUAUUCAAGGUCCAGCUUCAUGACCCCAGUGGUUAUCUGAAAACCGCUGCAGCCAUUGACUACAUCUGGGACUUCAGAGAUGGCAACCAGCUGGUAACACACCGUGAGGUGACCACACACACCUACAGCACACUGGGGACCAUGAGUGUGAAGUUGGUGGUGGAGGCAGCAUUUCCUGUUGACUGUCCGCCCUCUUCUGCCACACCCACUCCAAGACGUCCCACAUCACCACCUCACACAGAGGCUCCCACACCACCACCUGUCACUCACGCUAUUACAACCAAAAUGGAGACAACAGCAGCACCACCCAUUCCACCCUCCCCUGCCGCUUCCAUGACGACUGGUUUCCCCUCAACAGAGCCCCUCCCUCCCACUGUUGCUACUGAGUCCAACCCCACCGGCCUGCCGUUGCUCCUCAGUAGGCGCAUCAAGAACAACGGGUGUUUCCGAUACUCCUACGGGACUUUCAAUGGCAACAUCACUAUUGUUGAACCAAAGCAUCCACUGAACAGCCUGCGGCCAAGUAGUCGCAUUGUGGAUGUGUCAGCUGCCAGGGUGACCAACACUGAUGUCAGCUUCUGGGUGAAAUGUCUGGGCAGUAUCCCAACUUCAGCCUGCACGAUUGUGUCAGACCCCAGCUGCACUCAUGUGCACAACAUCAUGUGUGAUGACGUGCCGCCAUCAUCAGAGUGUGAGGUCCAUCUGAGGCGAAGGUUUUUGGAGCCUGGCACCUACUGUGUGAAUAUUACCCUGGAGAACUCCAGCAGUAUGGCCCUCGCCAGCACCACCAUCACCAUCAACAAGUCCCAGGAUGUACCUGUCCCAAAGAGUCCCAGCACUACAGGAGUGGUUUUGACGUCUAGUGCUGUGCUGGUGGUUAUCUUUUCAUUCAUUGCCUAUUUGGUCUACAGGCGUCACAAGGUCUACCGCCCCAUUCGAAGGUCUCUUGUGGAGGAUGCCUGCAUCCAUGCUGGGGCUGCAGGUCACAUGGUUCGCCUGAGGGAGGCCCUCUUCCCCUCCAGCGAGGAGAGUCAUCACCUGCUGACCGAUAGACGCCCCCUGUAGGUUUCAAAGAGCCGCAUCAAAGUUGUUCUCUUUUCCACCUUAAAAAUGGUAAAAAUCUUGGUCAUCAUAUGCAAAUGAGAGCAAGUUAUACCAUUAACUCAGCAAACUAGCAGAAAUUUAUAUUAGUAAAUUAUACUAAUAUCUCAUAUGAGUCUUAAUGUUAUUGUUUAAUAAUCUUGGCUUCAGCAAAAAUCAUUGCUAGUGUAACAUAUGAUUCAUAACAUGAUGUAUUAAGGAGGCGGUAAAAUGCAUGACUGUGCUCUUAUUGUGAUGCCAUCAUCAAAUGAAGAUGUGAGGAGAUUAAUUAGGUUCAAGUCAUGGUUGUUUUUCUUUUUUCUUUUUUUUAAUUCAAGGAAAAGUUUCACUCACCUUUUGUGCCAAGGAAGGUUUUGCAGAGCUGUUCCUUAUGUUGUGAUAACUCUAAAAUCUUUAACAAAAUUCUGCUUGUGGUGACAUGCAUGCUAAGUGAAUUGAGAUUAAUGUUAAACUCCAGGUUUCAAGUGAUUUGAAGAAAUUUGGUGGAAAUCUGAUGUAAUGUCUAAUAAAUGUUGUCGACUAA